AUUCUGGCUAAUUUAGUAUAAAUCAUUUUUACUGCCCGUCAGAAAAAAAUAAAAUUUGCAUGAAGACGAACUGGGAACUAUACAACUAUAUAUUGACCAUCGGAGAUGAUGUUUUCGCAACUUAUUAAACUUCAUAAGUGAUAUUAUGUCUGAUCUAAUGUGGACGAAACCGGAAGUAGGCGCCAUUUUUGUAACUGUUUCGUGAUUCGUCAGAAGUGAAUGGGGUUGUCAUUACUUAUGUUUCAUUUUGGUUGUUAGCAAUUUAUAAAUUUACUUAUUUCGUGUACAAGUUGAAUAUUUUACUCCGAUACCCAGUAAUUGUUGUCAGAGGUGUUGGAUAUAGGACGUCAACAGGGCGAUACACGUAGUUGGUCGGCAAAGACUUAAUUAUGCGGAGGCAGAAGGAAGAUAUGCAAGUCAACGUGGCGGGCUUAAGAAGAAAUAUUAAGAAUCUUGCGCACAAUUACUCGGAUGCGCAGGUAAAAGUUCGUGAAGCAACUAGCAAUGAUCCAUGGGGCCCAAGUAGUACCCUCAUGUCAGAGAUUGCUGACCUCACAUAUAAUGUGGUUGCUUUCACCGAGAUCAUGCAGAUGAUAUGGAAGCGGCUCAAUGACCAUGGCCGUAAUUGGCGGCAUGUUUACAAAGCCCUUGUUCUUCUAGAAUACCUCAUUAAAACUGGCACAGAAAAGGUUGCUCAGCAGUGUAAGGAAAAUAUCUAUGCAAUUCAGACAUUAAAGGAUUUUCAGUAUUUUGAGGAGAGCAAGGACCAGGGAUUGAAUGUGCGUGAGAAGGCAAAACAGCUCGUGUUGCUGUUGAAGGAUGAUGAGCGUCUACGUAAUGAAAGAGCACGUGCUUUAAAAGCUAAGGAGCGCUUUGCCCAAGCAGCUUCUGGGUUUGGAAGUGAGGGAACGGACACUGUCUCUCCUUCGAGUCCAAGUUUCCCUGCUGGUUUCCAAGGUAGUUGGUCAUCUUGUGAAGUAGAACCAACAUCUAGAGAAUUGGAAACAGCCCGCCCACAGACUGUUGGGGAAGAAGAAUUACAACUUCAGUUGGCACUUGCAAUGUCUCGAGAGGAGGCAGAGCAAGAAGAACAGAGAAGACGCAGUGACGAUGUGAGACUCCAGCUGGCACUUUCACAGAGUGAAGAGGAGUUCAAACAUCGUCAUCCUCAAGGGAAAGCAGGUGCUGAGAAGCAGAGUCACAUGCUGGACCUUCUAGAUGUAAACCUAGGGAACCCAUCUCUCCAACCAGCACAUGCUGCUACAUUGGAUCCAUGGGGUUUUCCACAACCUGUGCCACAGUCUCCACCAACCAGACCACAGAAUGACCCAUGGAAUAGUCCAGCCAGUUCAGUGCCGAGUGCCUCAACAAUUGCAUCUCACACACCAGCAGCAGACCCAUGGGCUCCUGUACCUUCCUCUGCGAUAGAACCCACCCAUCACAAUACAGCAGCAGUGGUGGACCCAUGGCGUGCAGUGUCUCCUCAGUCUCAUUCACAACCAGCUGUACCUGCAAAUGAUCCCUGGUCGCCUAGUACAAACACUGACCACUCCAGCCCUGGUACUGCCAGUCCCAGAGGUGGUCUCUCGAGCCCAAACGGAGAUCUGGAUGAGUUUGAUGUUAUAACUAACAGAGAGAGACCAACAUUAAACAAUUCACAGGUCAACAAUGUUAACUCACUUAACAAUAAUGGUGGGGCAGUGUCACCUGACCCUUUUGACAUGAGUCUGCUGGGAGAUUCAUUAGAGAACAAGCAGCAGCCACAGAAGAAGACUCCACAUAGUUUCCUGGGUGAGAAUUCUGCUCUUGUGAACCUGGACAAUUUAGUGACUGUCAGCAAACCUCCAUCAGUGGCACCUUCACCAGUGCCACAGGCUCUGUCAAUGGCAACAGUAAAUCCAUUUGCUGGUGUCACACCAUCACCAUCACCUAACCUCUUCCAACAGCAGCAGCAACAGGUUCGGCCAAGCAUCAAUCAAAUUAGACAGCAGCCAUUUGUUGGAAGUGUUGCACAAAGCCAGGGGAGCACAGAAAGUGCAUGGGGUCCUGCACCUACUCAUCGCCCAGUGCUGCCAACUCCUUUACUCCCUUCAGCUCAACCUAAUCCAUUUCUCUCAUAACAUAUAAAGGUUUAGGAGUUUGUGAAUCCCAUAAAUUGGGCCAGAGUUCUUGCUGGUGGUGAGUUGUUUAUAAGUAAAGUCUAAUAUUUACAUUUAAAAUGCCUGAAAAUGAGAUUCCUUGUAAUUUGUUUUUUUGUUUGAUUCACAGUUUAUACAUUUACUGUGAGAAAUAUUGGAACAUGCUAUCGUGAUAUUUAGCAUGUCAAAAUUUUGUUUUAGCCAAGUUCCUAAUAGUAUAUCUUAUGAAGUGGGUUGUACUGGAGAAAAUUGAUCAUUGAAAUGUGUGCAUACUAAAUUAAAUUAAAUUUUGAUAAAAUGUGUAAUAAAUCAUGUGAAACCAUUUAGUGCAACAAUCUGCUAUGUUUCUAAGAACAUACACAAUAGCUUUUAUAAUUGGCUGUGCUCCUCUUUUCUGCCUAUGCAUUGAUCGAGAUUUUCUUACUUUUUAGGUACACUUUCAGCAACCCUACAGACUGCCUAUUAUGUUCACCUUGUCAGUUCAUCCAUCUGUAUGCAUAAAAAAUCUCGAGAGUGGCUGAAUGGAUUUUCAUAAAAUUUGGUAUGCACAUUAUACCAUUUAGGCUACUCCAACCUCAUUUAAUCUUAUGCAUUCUUUAAUACCAGUGUGAUGGAUGCUCAAAAUUUGUGGCAGAAGGGUGAUGCUCCAUAAAGAGUCCAUUACCCAUGAUCCUCUGAAUCCUGUAUGACAAUGUAGACUAUGUAUGUAAAUUGUGAAUGGCUGAAUAGAUUUGCAUUAAAUUUGGUAUUAACAUUACAUCAUUGUAGGCUGUACACACUUUUUAAUUUCCUAUAAUUGAUAAUACCAACAUAUUUGGGGCACAAACUAGUUAGAUGAUGUCAUUACGAUCCUCCACACCCAUGAUGACUUUAUCAUUCCUGAUGACAUCAUUAACCUAGCUUAUUGUUGCAACAGUUAAGAAAUAAGCACAGUUACUAUUGUUUGUUUUCCAUAUUUACCAAGCUGUGACCUGUGUUCACCAAAUAUUUCAUCUGACAAAAAUCAACCAUGGUAUAUGCACCUUAAAGUGUCACACUGUGCAUACAUUUGCCAACUUGUUUAAUUUACUAUAUUAGUGCCAGCAAUCAGAAUCACACAUGAAAGCAUUUUAAUGCUGAACUUUUUUUAUUCCAGCAUCUAAUAAGCAAGAGCAGCCCAGUAGUCGACAAAUCACUUUUUGACACAUAAGCAUGCCAAAAUUUUCACAAUUUCCACACAUAACGUCAUAAUGGGGCUAUAAUAACCUUUUGCUAAAGUGAAACUAUUUGUGUCAGAAUUUCACAGAUACAGAAAAACCUUAAUGUGAUGACUUUUGCAAUUUGACCCUGCUGAGGAAGGUUUAUAUUAUGAUGAUGUCAGAAAUUAGAGUAUAUAUCUGUUUCAAACCUCACCACUAGCAAGGCAUUUGAAACAAGCAUUGUGUUGGGAGAUAAUCCGCCCAUAUGGUGUUAAUGGUUUCCUCAGACCACACAUGCUCACAGAUAUUAGAAGAGAAAACUGAAAUCGUCCGUUAAAAUGAAUUAUUACAAUAAAGGAAAUUGAAAAAAUAUUAAUUUAUUUUCAACAAGUUCUUACUUUCUGUAUCAUAAAUACAGACAGAUAAAGACAAAACAAAAUGUUGAUGUCAUAUAUAUGUUACGUGUUUUGCGUUUGCCAUUAUUUUGGCAGCUCAAUAAUGUAUUGCUUAGUAAGUACCCACAUGUCAGGUGGAAAAUGACCAUUUGAAACACCAGCUGUAACAUAACUGUAAAUUUUCUUGUCCAAACAACCAUAACUUUUAUGUGGAAGUUUUGACCCUUUAUGUCUUUUGAUAUACAUUUAGAUAAAGGAGACUUACCUUUUUAAUAUUAGGCACUGAAUGCAUAUUCUGUAGGUUAACAUAACUUUUCCUGCCCAAUAAACAUGAAGAAAUGGUGUUGGAAGAAGAACAUUUCUUUGCCAUUGCAAUAUUAAUGCUGAAUCUUUAUUGUAUUUUUGUUUCUGAAUUUGGUAAGUUUAUCUGAAUAAUAAUUGGUUUUGGUAGGAAGAUUUUAUUUAAGUAUUAAUUGUAUGUUACCAAAAGAGGUAAUGGAACAGCUUUUAAAGUUUGACACAGGUGUGGUAUAGUGUGAUCUUUAAGUUGGUUCAGUUUAGUAAUUUUCUUAAUGGUGUACAUACAGAGCUUACCAGUCAUUCAGCAUCUGAAGUGCUCAGGCUAAUUAUUUUUUUAAAAAUGUGGUAAUGUAGCAGUAAGAAAGCUCAGGCAUUGUAGAUUUUAGCACUGUUCAGUGCUUCCUCCAGAAGAAGUUUCUGAACGUGUUCAGAAUUAUACAUUUGGUGUAUAACCUAAAUGCACUACACAAACAUGUUUUGGAUUAGAGAAAAGUCUGAAAAACAUGAACUUAAGUUGAAAUAUGAAUAGAUUUUUAUAGUUUUAGAUGUAUGCUACCCUUCCAUUUGUCGCAUUUGAGUAGAAGCAUCUUUUGUCUUGUGGAGGACUGGUUGUAUAAAAAAUGUAAGAGUAUUACAUCUUGACAUCCUUCAGCUGUGCAGAGUCAAAAAAAUAAUGUAAAGUACAUUCUGUUAAUAUGUUAUUCACUGAACUGUAUGCUACUAAUUGAUUAAUUGACCAACUAAUUGGUAACUAACAUUUCAUCUAAGAAAAAUGAUGUAUUUUUGUUUUUUCCCCAGUAGUACUUUAAAGUAUUCUGCACCUAUUUUCUUGAUUGUUAUUACCGACAGGAAUUUAACUUGUAAUAAGAAUUUCAGCAAGAAUAAUGUAAAACAAAAUUAUGUGAACACAAGUCAAGGUUGACUUUUGUGUUAAUAAUCAUCCUUUCAGUUUCUAUUUUAAAGUAAUUUCAUCAAACAUAAUUUUACAGUGUUUUUUACUUACUUUUCUGUUUUGUGCUGGUUUAACUGUAUCUAUAUGGUUCCAGAACCUUUUCAUCCACAGAAAAGUAAUGUGUCUGUAUCCACAGAAUUACAGAAGUCACAAAACAAUUUGAUCUUCAGCUCUAAUAUGAUAUGUUUCUCACUAGAGUGAUGUCAAGAAGAAGGUUUGCAACAGAAGGCAGAUGAGCAGAUUUUGUUCAGCCAGCUGUGUUGCAAGGGUAAGGUGAUGGAGGGAAUUAAUUUGGCCAGAUAUCUGCAUUUCUUUGAAGGCUAGAUAAAAAGUGCCAUCCAAGUCUACCCAUAUGCAUUUAGGCAAGCUUGGAGAAACAACAGUCAACUGUAACCACUUCAAACUUCUUCCCAUUAAACUGUCCUUUGUUGGGAUUGUUUAGCAUCUUGGAUCAUAGGUUAAGAUGUGGAAAGAACUGUGAUUUGACUCGCUACAAUGGAACUGGCUUUAUGAUUUUGGCAUUCUUCAUCUUGUGUACAGUUCUCAUUUCUUAAUAAAAUCUCUGGCUACAAGCCAUGUCUGUUUGUUAAAAAUUGAUGUUUCAGGGACCAGGCUUAUAGCUUAUAUAUGUAUAUGAAAAGAUUUUAUUAAUGUUAGAUGCCGUGAAACCUUAAAAUCAUUCAGGUAUCAUUUUUUUCUCAUAACUUAUUUACACUUUGAUACAGAGUUUCUGAUAUUGAGAUCCUGGAAUAUAAAAUUUGUAAUAUAUGAUGCUGAGUUAUCAUUGCUGUAAAUUGUGCAUUUCAGUCAUGGAUAUGGUUUUUGUAUUCUAAAUGUUGUGUCUAACAUGACAGGAUCUAGAAUUGGAAUAAAAUGUUAAAAUUAACAGAGGAUUACUCAUAAUCAUAUGCACUCAUCUACCAUUUUCAUAUGUGGUAUGAAGGAAGGACAUGAAUCCUUGUUAUAUACAGUUUUGUUAUAUGUUGUUUGAAUUUCCACAUUAUGUUUUUCUGGUGCAGGAGUUCACUUCCUUAUCAGCACAUCAUUGUUACUUUCUGGAGAGAACAUGGAAAGAUUAGUGUUGAUUUUGCUAAAACAAGUUCUCAACCAUGGGCCACAUCUGGCCUGAAGAUGGUUUGUGUGUGACCCAUGUACAUUUUUUGUAACAUUGUCUCUCCAUAUGAUGAAAAGGUUUCCUGAUGUCAGAAAACACAAUCUGUUAAGAGUUACUGUAUGCAUGUGAACUUGUUUUCAGUAGUAAGUUUGCAGCAUUUUAAAUAAACUGCCAUGAAGUUACAAUAAACUGACCUCAUUUAUAGCCAUGCAGUUACAAGGUGAUAAGCAAGGGUGUAUUUGGCCCUAGGACGGGAAAGCGUUGAGAACGCCUGCUUUGAAGGGAUGUGACAGACCACAUUUAUAUUGGAUCUUGUCCAUAUUCUGAGGUAUGUUUCAUUUUUAGGGGUGGUCAAGAUUUGUGGCAGCAGUUAGGAUCAGAAAUGGAAAUGUUUGAAUACUGUGGUAACUAUUAGACCACAUGUGUUCUUUUCAGUAGUUAAUAUUGAAAAUUGGUACUUAAAGGGCUGUUCUGGUUAUUAACAUUCAAAUUUAGUAUGCAGUAAUCUCUUAUGGGGUUGUACAAAUUUAGCACUAAAACAUUUCAGAUCUGAUGCGAUCAUUGCCACUAACCAAAAAGAAAUAUUAAUUGUUAAAAUAACAAUCACUUGAAGACAAAAUUACAGCCACUUCACAAUGCAUAGUAUACCUCACAUAAUGGACAGUGCCCAAUAUUAUUGUAUUAUAAGAGUAAUGAUAACUCAUUGUAAAGAGUGUAAAUUUCAACUUCUCAGGAAUUAAACAAAAUUUUUAUAAACACAUGCACAUUCCUCAUGCAGGUUUUUAAGGAAGCAUGUCUUGUUCCACUCUGCACAUAAGGGAAAGGUAUGUGUCUUGUAAUGUGGAAAAUUGUCUUUAUUUAAGAUGUUUGCUAUUUUAACAUGUUUUAAGUAAGUAGAGAUGUCCUUUCUGUACUCUCAGCUAAUGAGAUUGUUAUGGUUAACACAAAACUCAAGCCAUCUGUGAAAUGAGAAGUGGACUGGUAACCAUCAGUGCUUUUGUUCUUUAGGAAAUACUUUUCCCACACAUUAUUUGAAAACUGAUAUAUGGAAAGAAUAUGCAUGUUUUAUUGUUUUGGAAGACAAUGUAAAAUUUGUACAUUAUGAAUAUUUUAUUAAUAUAUGCUUAUGAUUAACUGUAUUAAAAUAAUAAAACCAGAGGAACUGUACAGCAAA